UUGUAGCGGUGAGGCUGGAGGGUAAUAAAGAAAAUGUUUAGUUUUUCCACUUCUUGCGCUUCACGUGGAACUUCACGCGACUGUAAACACGGGUGAAGUUUCCGUGGGUUGCCGCACUUGUUUCCGACGUCUUGUUCGACGUCGACAGUGCGCACGGAGUGCCUUUUUCCCGCGGACCGGACCCGCACGCAUCCUUUUCCCACGCAGCUCCUCUCCAGUAUGCGCCUCGCGGGAGCGCGCAGUCGGCGAGGUGUCCCCGGCGUCAGCACCCGCAUCCCACCGCCGUGAUGUUCAACAGCUCGGACGCGGAGUGCACUUUCACUCGGGGCACGGGGCACCUGUCGGGAGUGGGCAACGGCAGUGCGCUCGAUGGGUCCCGUGCGCUCCCCACGAAGGGCCCCGCGCCCGCGUGGAAUGAAUCCUGCGGGGAGCAACUGCUCGACUUCGGCACGGCCGAGAAGAUGAUCAUCGGGGUGAUGCUGGCGGUCAUCACGGCGGUGACCGUGAUGGGCAACACGCUCGUGGUGAUCGCCGUGUGCGUGGUGAAGAAACUGAGGCAGCCCUCCAACUACCUGCUCGUGUCCCUGGCCGUGGCGGACCUGUCGGUCGCGCUCGUGGUCAUGCCCUUCGUGAUCGUGACCGACCUCACCGGGGGCAAGUGGCUCUUCGGCGAGGUCUUCUGCAACAUCUUCAUCGGGAUGGACGUGAUGUGCUGCACGGCCUCCAUCAUGACCCUGUGCGUGAUCAGCGUGGACAGAUAUCUCGGCAUCACAAGACCCCUGACCUACCCAGCCCGUCAGAAUGGGCAACUGAUGGCCAAGAUGAUUCUUGGUGUGUGGUUAGUCUCUGCCUCCAUCACCUUGCCACCCUUCUGCGGUUGGGCCAAGAAUGUCAAUACGGCUGGGGUGUGCUUGAUCAGCCAGGACUUCAGCUACACCAUCUACUCCACCGCUGUGGCCUUCUACAUCCCCAUGGUUGUCAUGCUCAUCAUGUACUACAAGAUCUUUCGUGCUGCUCGCAAAAGUGGCGCCAAGCACCGUUUCACAGACUUAUCACUGCGCCAGGAGCGCCAGGAAGUGGCGGCCAAUGAGACCGUGAAGAUGCACUGCUUGAAGCCCCCCGGGGUGGCCGAGGAAUGUGCUGCCUUAUCUCGUCUGUUGACCCAUGAGCGCCGCAACAUCUCCAUCUUCAAGCGGGAGCAGAAGGCGGCCACGACGCUUGGGGUGAUUGUUGGUGUCUUCUCCAUUUGUUGGCUGCCUUUCUUUGUCCUCACCACCGCACGCCCCUUUGUCUGCGGGGUGGAGUGUAGCUGUGUGCCCAUCUGGCUGGAGAGGACCCUUCUCUGGCUUGGAUAUGCCAACUCCUUAAUGAAUCCCUUCAUCUACGCCUUCUUUAACAGAGACCUACGAUCCACCUACAAGGACCUCCUUCGGUGCCGCUACCGCAACAUCAACCGCCGCCUCUCUGCAGUUGGAGUUCAUGAGGCCCUGCGGGUGUAGCAGCUCAGUGUUGGAAUAGGAGACUGCUUUGCCACACAAGCGCCUAUAAAGAUUGAUCUUCAGCGCAAAGGUGAUACAAGAGCUGGAGGAGUGCGAUUCCUUUAGGUGGUACAUUUCUGUAAACAUUUGUAUUUGCUGCACAUUGGUCCAGACACCUUCUUAUGGGCACAGCGAAGAACUGAGUGAAGCAGUUUGUGGUACUUGGACAUUCACAACAGCGCCGUGUGACC